UAACCCCGCCCCUCCAUCGCACUGGAGACGAUGAAUGAGCAACAGGUCGAGGGGGAUAACUGGGUAUCAUCUAAUUCUGCACUGAAACGUUCACCCACAGACGACAGGGCUGACUUAAAGGUGAAAACAGUUACCCAAUCCAACAUAGCUAUCUGCAGCAUGAACGUUGAAAUGGACCACUCAGAGAUGUCAGACAUCUGGCCUGAGUUCCAGCCUGCUUCAGUGGGGGCAGGAGACCUGGGGGCCGUGGAGGCUCUGAUCUCCAUGACUGAGCACUGGAAGACAAGGAACUUCAAUCCAAAGCCCCCCAGACCUCUCACCCCCUCAUCAGAAUGCUCAGAGGAUGACACUGUGCCCUCAGGUCCUUCUGUGCCGCAUGAGUCUUCUUUUUGCAUGACGCCACCAUACAGCCCACCUCAUUGUGAGGCCGUCCCUUCAGGCUCAGCACGGAAACUACAUCAUUCUGCAGGGGACGCAGCUGUUUCCCAGAAGUACCAGUGCACCAGCGUGAUCCGCCACACUGCGGACAUCAAGCACUGCUCCUGUAAACCUCAUCAGCUCUUGCAGGAAGACAGAGCCUCAGGGCCCCUCCUCACAGAGGACUCCAAAGCACAUUUCCACGCCUAUGACGGCUGUACUGACUCUGAUAAGAGUUUUGCAAAACAGAAAACCUCCAAAGACGCGUUGCCACAUUUCGAAGCCCGCCAGAUCCGAACGAGUCAGCUAAGACCGGAUGACAGAUCAAAUAGGGCCGCUUCAGUUCCGCCGGCCGUCACUUUAGUUUCUCAUGUGCCGGUCUUCAGCCACAUUGUCCCUGUGUCCUCCACCUCCACCGCUACUCCAUUAACGAUCAGAACCACUGGUGAUCCACAGCAACCCCGGCAACAGCAGGACUUUGGAUCCACACCACCACUGGAAACAGGUUCCCCUCCCCAGGUCCUGACUGUGGAGGGCCAGGUGGUGAAAGGCCCCCUGGUGCUUCUUGUCCCCCAACCAUCUGUUCCUGCUUUUUACGUUCAGCAAGUGCAGACGACCCCUGGCGGCACCAGGUUUGCACCCAUCGCCCCCGCUCCUGGGCACGCCGCGUUAGAGCAAAGACGCGUCCCUCUGCAAACAGAGGCGUCACGCGUGCGCAGUCAUGUUUGUCCUCACGAGGACUGCGGAAAGACCUACUUCAAGAGCUCCCAUCUCAAGGCCCACAUGAGGACACACACAGGCGAGAAACCCUUCAGAUGUAAGUGGGAGGGCUGCGAGAGGCGGUUCGCCCGCUCUGACGAGCUCUCUCGCCAUCGUCGCACCCACACCGGCGAGAAAAGGUUCACCUGCCCCUUGUGCCUCAGCCGCUUCAUGCGCAGCGACCACCUCGCCAAGCAUGCCCGACGACACUUUGUGGCGAGGAAGAAACCGUUCUGGGCCUUAGGGAUGAGCCCCGCUGCUGACCUGGCUGGGUCCGCCACGGUUAAACUCUCCUCCAUAAACCCACUUGGGAGACAGUCUAACGGGUGACGGACUGUGGAAGUGAAUCAAAGACUUAUUGUGACUGAAUUUGCAGAUGUUUAUAUUUCAAGCUGAAAUGUUCAGCUCCACUGCACUGUACUGCCUAAAAUUAGCUGCUUUUCCAUGUUUUGCGUCAACCUUUUUUAUUUGACCAAAGAAAGUUGUUGACCACUUGUGCCUUAUAAAAAUAUUGUUCUUAGACUGUC